AUGGCGGCCCGUGUCCUCUCUGCUUGUGUCCGCUGCCUGCCCGCGGCCUUGGCACCGCUGUCUGGGCCCCGGGCCCCCAUGCUCGCCUUGGUGCGGCCGCUGGGCUUGGGGAGGGCAGCCGCGGCGGUUCCUGUCCCUGCACACAUGCAGGUUUCUGGGUUAUCCCUACAGUUGAGCCGCCAGUAUAGAGACAUGCCCCCUCUGACACUGGAGAACAUUAAGGACCGUGGCCUCUAUGUCUUGAAACUAUAUGAUAAGAUUGAUCCAGAAAAGCUUUCAGUAUCUUCCCACUUCAUGAAAGACCUGGGCUCGGAUAGUUUGGACCAAGUAGAAAUCAUAAUGGCCAUGGAAGAUGAAUUUGGGUUUGAAAUUCCUGACAUAGAUGCUGAAAAGUUAAUGUGUCCACAAGAGGUUGUAGAUUACAUUGCAGAUAAGAAAGAUGUGUACCAAUAAAGUUUUUUUUUUCAAAUCAAAAAACUCAGAUGAUCCCAGCGAGUGUCUGAAUGUGAGAACACAUUAGGAGACCAUUGCUGCUGUUGUCAGAGUAUUUCUGUUGGAACUAUAUUAAAAUUUGUCUAAAUAUGUGUUGGCCUUUAAA